AUGGUGAAAUCUCACCAAGUGCUAACAUAUUCAUUUUCGCAGGCAUGCAACUGGAUUUUAUUAGCCUAUUUGCUAUUGGUGAUGAUAUGUGUCCUCUGGGAUCCUUCAUAUAACCCUACCAGAUGGGAUCCACUAGAGGAGAAUACUGUACAUUGCAUCUUUGAGAAAGAGCUGCAAAGCUCCUUACAGAUCAUCUGCGACAGUGAUGAUUUCAAAAAACUCUUGGAGAAAAACAAGAUUAAUAAAAAUUCAAAUUCUGGAGGACUAGGUGCAUCGCUUCACAGUUGUGGUUCUAUUACUAUGACUGAACAUCGCCGAAGACUGAAAGAAAAAUUUGAAAAAGAUCCAAGUCUUGCAGAGUUGUAUCAACACACUCAUAAACGGAAAAAUGGAGAUGGAGCAUAUGUUUAUGCAAAAGCUCAAAAAGUUGUGGAUACAAUGAGUGAAUUGCGACAGACUCAGACUGAUGCAUCAGAUGUAGAGCUGUGGUUGGAAGCCACCGGUGGUGUAAAGAGGGGAGGCAAAGUAUAUGGCUUUGGCUCGGAUACGCAACACUAUUUUUCUGAAGCUUCAAAGAAAUCAAAAUCUCAGGCUGGAGCGUCAUCUUCAAAUGCAACUUUGAUGGCAGAAAUUCAACAAAUGAGAGAAGAAAAUAAAAUGUUUCAGGAAGAAAACAAGAUUAUCAAAGAAGAACUUGCAAAGAUGGGUGCUAUAUUUGCACAAUUCAGUGCAAAUCCUGAGAUGUUCAACUCCAGCUCACUAAAUGAUGAAACACAAGCUGCUUCUGAUGAAGAUUGA